UACAGAAUGAUUUCCAUAUAUAGUGUUAAUAAAGAAAAGAGAAGGUUUAACACUAAGCUAUUUUGUCAAUAGUUAAAUAUUUUUUUUGACGGAUUGAAGAAUAUUUGAAUACAGGUGAUUUCUCAUCUCGCGUUGUUGAAAUUUCAUUCGGUGAUUCUUUUUAUGUGAUUAUCUUUCGUAAUAAUUUUUAAUUCUUUUGUGUAUUCGAUUACCGCCGAAGUUUUCAUCUGAUUUCAUUCAAUACAGGAUGGUAGAGUCAGAGGCACCUUUUUAUCCCAGGGAGAAGCUUAUUGAGAAGCAAAAGUACUUUCAAAGCAUCCACAAGCAUACAUAUCUAAAAGGACGCAUGGACAAGGUCACCUCUGUUGCUAUUCCUCUUGCUCUAGCCGCUACUUCAUUGUUCCUAGUUGGUAAAGGACUCUAUAACAUGUCUCAUGGAAUCGGGAAGUAAGAAUGAAUAGACAAUAUAAGUAGGAAUCAAUAGACAAAAUAUUGUCUAUUCGCAGCUGAUAUGAACUGCUUUGACAUGGCAUUGAUGUUGAAAUUUUCCUUGAACUUGUAAUUUUGUUUCCAUUUCAAAAUUUCAGUGGCAUCCUUUUGGAGAAUUACAUGUAAUAAUUUGCAUUAUCAAUUGAUGAUUUCAGAUUAUCCUUUAAAA